GAGCACAUAUUUAGAAGUAAAACUAAAAAUGUACCUUGAAAAGAGUAGGUACUCCUCCUUCGUAACUUAUUUAUUAACACUUAAUUUUAAGAUUAUUAUAGUUUAAAUGGCGCAAUUAAACACAAAUACACAACGCAGAAAACUUCACAUAAUUACCAUUUAUUUGAAAAUUCCCAAAUCCCAAUUCCGAUUGACAGUCCGAUCCAAUAAACAAACUUUUUUUCUGAAAAAAAAAACGUUCUAAGAAACGGUCCGAAUUGUGGAUACAAAUUUUGGUCAACAACAUUAGAAUAAUUUAUUUUGCGUGAUUAUCUCCAUAUUUUCGUAAAAGCAAAUAUAGCUAGAAGUGCCCUCUACGUAGAGUUUUGCUUAAUAUUGCCUAUUGCCGCACCGAAAUCGGUCUAACAGACUACUGCACCGUUCAAGGUCAAGACAAGAUCAUCCAUAAGUGAGCACGAGAAAACAGAGAAAACAUAUCUCUUUCUCGCUCUCGCUUUUGGGUGACGGUGCUGUGAUGCUUCUUGUGGUUCAAGCUUACUUCAUAAACGUGGAUUGUUGACACUGACGUUGUCAUUAUCAAUGUCAGGCAAACAUGUCAAAUGUCAAAUAGUCAAUUGACAAACAAAUUUGCGGUGUUCGGUUCAUUUUGUAGCUUGAUGAUGCAAAUUUAUAUUAAAUAGUGAUAUUUAAUAAAAGUAUACCAAUGGUAGAUUAAUUAGAACAAAGUUGAACAUGCCUUUAUCGAAAACUGCAAUAUCUCUUUUGUGCGUGUUGUUGUUACUAUCAAUAUUUGUGGCGAAUUUGCUUAACAGUAUCGCGACUGAUCACAGUUUCUCUGAAAACCAGAGAGAAGGCGAGAACUUUACCAAAUACUUGGCUGAUAAAUACGGAAGAAUAACCGAUGCAAAAGAAAAUUUAAUUUGGUUUAUGCAAAUUUCAGACAUCCAUUUAAGUAUAUUUAGGGAUCCAGGCAGAAUAUCACAGUUUCAACAAUUUUGUGAUAAUACUGUAAAAAAAAUAAAACCAGCAAUUGUGCUGGCGACUGGAGACUUGACUGAUGCUAAAGCUAAAGACAACCUGGGCAGCUCCCAGGUGAAGACAGAAUGGAUUUAUUACCACAAUAUUAUUAAGGAGUCCAGAGUCACAGAAGAAACAGUUUGGUUAGACAUAAGAGGCAAUCAUGAUAACUUCAACAUUAAAGCAUUAAAUUCACAAGAAAAUUUCUACAGAAACUUUUCUGUUCAGGGAAAAACAUAUCCAAAAUCAUAUGUGCAUAUUGAAGAAAAGAAUGGCAUAAGUGUUGCCUUUAUUGGCAUAGAUGCUUGUCCAGAGCCCGGUUUAAGGAGACCAUUUAACUUUGUUGGUAUUCUUGACAGCCAAGAACAAAAACAAAUAAAAAAAUUAGAAGCAGAGGCAAAUGCAAAAGCUGAUCAUAUUGUUUGGUUUGGGCACUACCCAACGUCGUGCAUUCUGUCACUUGACACAGGCACUGAGAAGUUGGAUCUGAGAGCACUGAUUGGUGAUAGCAAGGGCUCUCAAGUAUAUGUGUGUGGACAUCUGCACACUAUGGCCGGCCGUGUUCCUAAAAUGUACACAAGGCAUAGAAAAGGAUACAUGGAAAUUGAAUUAGGAGAUUGGAAAGAUAACAGAAUGUACCGCCUUGCCGCCAUUGAUCAUGGUAUAUUUUCAUUUGUAGAUCAGAAACAUAACACAUGGCCUCUCGUCUUGGUCACAAACCCAAAACAUGCAAAAUAUACAUUACCUGGGAGAGAACCACUGCAGCUAAUACCAGAUUCCUCUCAUAUAAGGAUCCUUGCAUUUAGUGAUGUUAGCAUAGACACUGUUCAAAUCUCCUUUGACAAAAUAAGCUGGUUGAAUUGUAAACAUGUAGAAGGGCCCCUUUAUGCCUGCCUAUGGUUGCCACAUCUGUUUUUGCGGGAUAUUCAUUAUCUGUAUGUAAUAGUCAGUGAUGAGUUGGGAAAACAGGCAUUUGUUGAACAUCCAUUUGCUUUAGAUGGUUCCACCUUGAAUUUUGACAUAUUGGCGAGAAUACUCCUCAUGCUUGAGGCACGAGUUGUGUUCCAGGCAAUUUUUGGAACCCUGCUUUUGAUGAACGUUUUACCGGUGGUGUAUUUACGGUGGCAAAAGCAACCACCAAGAACUCGGAGAAGAUUAGCCCGAUAUGUGCUGAGAAGUGUAUGGCUCUUGAGUAAAAUUGACAAAGUAUACUAUCCCCUCGUCCUGUACGCCGUGUACGUGCCGCUCGGACCCUGGGCCGUCGGCGAGCUCAUCGACGGACACGUCGGCGUGGUCUUCGCCUGGGGGAUAUUGAUCAAAGGAACCUUUCUGCCUGAGCCAUUCACUUACAUGUAUGGAGGCGUACAACUGCUGUUUAUACAAAUCCCCCUAAUAUUUGUGCUAUCCCACACAUUACAAAAUAGACUGUACUGUUCAUAUACUAGAGGCUAUAAAAGAUUGGUUCAGAACCUACCAUUUAUAAUGCUGCUCUCAGUUCAGUUGCUGCUGGCAUACUUCUUUUGGCUAGAAUAUGGAAGUCUGGCAUUUAUAUUUGGACCUCUCAGAACGUGGAGUGUGUUACUAAGUAUUACUUUGUGGUACAAAACUUUAGCACUACCUCCCGAUUACUGCAGGAAACUUGUACACAUGAACGAAAACGCGCCAUCGUAAUAUUCCCAUCGCGAGGUUUUGGAUGACGCUUUGAAUAAAUCACUGAAGAAAGCAGCCGCUAAAGGUAUAGGUAUUUCUUGCAUAGAUAAUAAUUACUGCGUGAACUUGAUGGCUCACGGGAGGUAAGCUACUUAUUUGAAACCAAAUAUUAUUUCUAAACAAUCAGCGUGGUCUCUGACCAAAAUAUUGUCAGUAUUUUAGUAUUAGUUUCCAGUGUAAAUAGAUAAACUGAUUCCGCUUUUAAACUUGAACUGUUUUAAGCAACAUUAUCCAUAUUAGUCCGUUUGCCGGUUACGUUGUCGUCUACGAGUAGACAAAGGACAAAACAAUUAGACAGUGGCCCUUUUCUCGAAAGGUACAAGCCUUGUAUUACAAGUGUGUUUCCAUGACAACCCAUACGAUUUGACAGUUCGCGCACUUGUAAUACCUUGUACCAUUCGAGAAACGGGCCCCAGAAGUGAAAAGUGAUUAAUAGUCAGUUGACUCUUAUGGUGCUCCCACACCGGCUGUUAUAAAUGUUAUAUAACCUUUAAGAGCGGAAAAUGGGGUAGUUAUUCAAUUAUACGUACCGUAUUGCAUAAAAACGCUCGGCUUAACUAGACAUCAAAGCUUUAUUAGUUAAUCGUCGCCUGGGUACUAAAACUUAAGUGUCCUACUAAAACAUGUGUUUGCCCUAAACCUAUUAUUCGGUAUUGACUCUUGAUUUGUUACCGAUACUAAUCUCUAUUUGCCUUUGGCAGAAAAACGUUUAUUUUUAUGCCGAAAUUGAUUCUUCGAUCGGACACAUAAUGGAUUUUUAUCGUGUAUUAAAUUUAAAAGUUCAGCACAUUCCAAGUGAGUUAUCAUGUAGAUAUUUUCUUAGAAUAUUUAAAUUGUAGGUAGGUAUUACUUAUUUUAAUCGAAGUCAAAGCCUUCUAUGUUACCUACUUAUUUUAUAAUAGUUAUCGGCUACCAACAAAGUGGUUAGGUAAGUGUUCGUAUUAAGUAGGUAGAUGGCUAGAUACUUAAUUAUGUCCAUUAGAAACGCACGAUUUUAUUAAACAUUUACCUACAGUUGGCAUGCUGGACACAAUACUAGUUGGUACUAGUAUGAUUAAUUACAAAAACCAAAGAAUAUAAAACACAUGGGAUUAGAAUCUUGGUAAGACGGUAGUUGUUUAUUUUAUUUGUUACUAAUUCGAUAAAUAAUUUAUACGCACACUGUACAGGGUGCCGGUUCAGAAGCGAAAACGAGUGGUCAUCGCCAUUAGUUUUAAUUACGCCGUGUUCCACAGAAUCCCGAACAGCGAAUUCGUGCGUUCGAAAUUCAAAGAUCGGCCCUCAGCUACAUAACCCGUAGGUAGAUAACCUAAUAAUAUUCAAUACCUAUAACUUACUCGAAAAGAGUUUUAAAAUUGGUUUUAUAUGAUGGAAUCUGUAUUAGCUAUAUGGUUUAAUUAUUUUUCCCCUCACUAGCUCGGAAACACGUGUUUUGUCCUUUUAAUACCAGCGGGUAAAAACGCAUUUUAUCCACUAGUGGGUAAAGUAAUUUGACUUUGAAUAAAG